CUGCACCGGUAGUCUUGCCUGUAGAGUCCACACAGCACACAUCUCCUCUUCCUCUUACCGGCUCCUGGUCUGUGAUCUACCGGCAGCCUGCUCGGUGUCACAGAUGUCUCCAGCCGGGUUAGUGGUGCUGUUUUCGGCCGUGCUGUCCGGUGUGAGCGCCGGAGUGUUCUUCAGCCAGAAGCAGCCAUGCUACGUCCCCUCCCCGGGGAGAAGCUCCGGACGGCAGACCAGUCCUCGCCCUCAUGAGUAUUUAAACAUUUCUGAUUUGCCCAAAUCAUGGGACUGGAGGAACAUCAAUGGCACCAACUUUGUGAGCACAACCCGCAACCAGCACAUUCCCCAGUACUGUGGCUCCUGCUGGGCCCAUGGCAGCACGAGUGCUAUGGCAGAUCGCAUCAACAUUAAGAGGAAAGGAGCGUGGCCUUCUGCAUAUCUCUCUGUCCAGAAUGUGAUUGACUGUGGUGACGCAGGCAGUUGCCAUGGAGGAGAUCACAGCGGAGUCUGGGAGUAUGCAAGCAACCACGGCAUCCCAGAUGAGACCUGCAACAACUACCAGGCUAAAGACCAGAAAUGCAAACCCUUCAAUGAAUGUGGCACCUGCACCACCUUUGGAGUGUGCAAUAUUGUGAAGAACUACACCCUGUGGAAAGUGGCAGAUUUUGGAGCUGUCAGCGGUAGGGAGAAGAUGAUGGCAGAGAUCUACGCUAGAGGACCAAUCAGCUGUGGGAUCAUGGCCACAGACAAACUGGACGCCUACACUGGAGGUCUCUACUCUGAAUAUCAGGAGGAACCUUUCAUCAAUCAUAUCGUGUCAGUGGCAGGAUGGGGAGUGGAGGAAGGCGUUGAAUACUGGAUUGUACGCAAUUCAUGGGGAGAGCCAUGGGGUGAGAAGGGUUGGCUCAGGAUCGUGACCAGUGCCUACAAGGGAGGAAGCGGAAGCACAUACAACCUGGCGUUGGAGGAGGACUGCAUGUACGGAGACCCAGUUGUCCCCAAGGCCUACCUGUAGAGGAAAGCAGCACCCAGUGUCAGAGGCUGUCACUGCACACUCUCACGUCUUCCCGUCUCCGGCAGAGAGAGACUUUCUAUUUGUAAAAUAAUGAAAAGGGAAUAAAUUCAGAUUUCCCUCAGAGAUCUAUUUUUUACACUUGUAAUUAAAGGGUCAAAUUGGACCUACUUGAAUCGAUGCAAAUCUUAAUAGAUUUUUUUUCCCAAGAGGACAUUUUUCUAGAUUACAUUUUUCAAUGCAAACUGACUCAGCCAAAGAACAGUUUAUAAUUUGUCCUACACUGCUGCGACACUGAAUGUGUGGUGGUAUAGUAAUGACAAUAUCGCACCACACCGUGUUAGAAAGAUUGACUUUAAAGUGUGCCUUACAUGCACUGGCAGGUGAAUACAACUGUUAUUUCCUUUUUGUGUUCACAAUUAUCUACACAAUAGAAAUUCAGGAAAGACUGCAAUCUUUGUUUUGUUCUUUUAAAUUGUGCCAAUAAACACAACACUUAAAGGUGAUACUCCACAGAAAACCUGUCCUUUGAGUAUGAAUCAGUCCGUCAGUAGGCCGGAAACAUGCUGUAAAAAGCUUCCUAUGGUGACAUCAUUAUAUAGUUUACUGCAUGUGCCCAGUACUUAUGUGCCAUUUGUAUUUGCUGCAAAAAUUCAACGAACUAGCUCUGUGCAGUGCAGGAAAUCACGUGAUGUUGCUUUGCAUAUUCUGUUGCUUUUAGAUCUUUAUCAAUAUUCGUUGACGUCAGAUACGAGAGAUUGCACUCUCAGGUUUCAUCUGUCUCCACGUGUGAAGAGUUGAUCCACAAUGGGGAACUAGUUUUACUGCUGCACUUCUGACCUGUUGCAUGUUUUUACAAACUUUGAUAGUCAUGUCUAUUUGCAGGACAGCUCUAUCAUUUUUACUCUAAGUAACA